AUGGGCUUUUGGUCUGAAAUCAUAAUAAUAAAAGUACAGUGUAUAGUUGUCGUCGUCUUCUUUCAAAGUUUCACCUAAACAUCAAACCACCAGAAGGCAGAAGAUGAAAUCCUAAUAAUCAAUAGCAACAACUAUUGAGAUUAGUAGUUGCAAUAAGAAAAUGGGUGUACAGAGGCGGAGAACACAUAAUCAGCAUCAUCAUAGUAAUCACAACCGAAUACAAAAGCUAUUAAAAUGGAUUAUACCUGUAAUUUCAAGUGUUUCAGCUGUUGUUCUUCUUUUUCUACUUCUUCUUUCUGCUUCUUCUGUUCCUGAUGAUUCUAAUCAUAGUCAUCAUCAACGAUUAUUACAUCAACAACUCCACCGUCAAUUCAUCAAUACCACCACCACCGCCACCUCGUUGAAUAAUAAUGUAAUGGAAGAGAUAAUAAGCAAUGUGUUUCGAGUUCCGGAGAGUGGAGGGAGCUCAAGUCAUGAUCUAUGGGGUUCAAAGUCAGCCAAAUUUUACUAUGGAUGUAGCAAUGCUAGUGUUAAGUUUACAAGAGCUGAAGUUAACACCCAACCCAAUAGGUAUUUGAUGAUUGCAACCAGUGGUGGGUUAAAUCAACAAAGAACAGGGAUUACGGAUGCUGUUGUCGCAGCUCGAAUUUUGAAUGCCACUCUUGUUGUUCCAAAGCUAGACCAGAAAUCCUUUUGGAAGGAUUCAAGCAACUUCACCGAGAUCUUUGAUGUUGAAUGGUUCAUAAGGUCCCUCUCAAAAGAUGUGAAAAUCAUAAAGCAGGUCCCCAAAAAGGGAGGAAAGGUUAUGGCUCCAUAUACCAUGCGAGUUCCAAGGAAGUGCAAUGUAAAAUGCUAUCUUAGCCGCGUCUUACCUGUUCUCUUAAAGAAACAUGUUGUGCAGCUAACCAAGUUUGAUUACAGGCUUGCAAAUAAGUUGGACACUGAUUUGCAAAAACUGAGAUGCAGAGUUAAUUAUCAUGCUUUAAAAUUUACUGAUCCCAUACGUGAGAUGGGCAAGAAAUUGGUUCAGAGGAUGAGGGAAAGAAGUAGGCAUUUUAUUGCUUUGCACCUAAGGUUUGAACCUGAUAUGCUUGCAUUCUCUGGAUGCUAUUAUGGCGGAGGAGAUAAGGAAAGAGCAGAUCUUGGUGCCAUUCGGAAGAGGUGGAAAACCUUACAUACAAGCAACCCAGCCAAGGAACGUAGGCACGGAAAAUGUCCCCUUACCCCAGAGGAGGUAGGCCUUAUGCUCCGAGCACUGGGAUUCGGCAGUGAUGUUCACAUUUAUGUGGCAUCUGGGGAAGUAUAUGGAGGUGAUGCGACACUGGGACCCCUCAAAGCUCUCUUUCCAAAUUACCAUUCAAAAGAAACACUAGCCAGUAGCGAGGAGUUAUCGCCUUUCUCCUCAUUUUCAUCCCGAAUGGCUGCAGUUGACUUCAUUGUUUGUGAUGAAAGUGAUGUAUUUGUAACUAACAACAACGGGAACAUGGCUAGGAUACUAGCUGGGCGGAGGAGAUACUUUGGACACAAGCCUACAAUUCGACCAAAUGCUAAGAAACACUCUUCAUUAUUCCCGAAUCGAGAGAACAUGACAUGGGAAGCAUUUGCAUCUAAGGUACGUUUAAAUCAAAAAGGCUUCAUGGGGGAGCCAAAGGAGGUAAAAGCCGGUAGAGGUGAAUUUCAUGAAAAUCCUUCGACGUGUAUAUGUGAAGAUUCAGAGGCCAAGGAAAGAACGAAAUCUGGUCACAGUGGUCUAACUACAGUUGGCAAAGGCAGUAAUGUGGGCAAAGAUAUUGUUGAGCCUAGUGAUGAUCUGGUCAGUGAUGAUGAGCCAGAGUGGCCUGAUAUGGAUUAUGGGGAGAAACUUAGCAUGCCCGAAGGGAAGGAAUUAAAUUUGGAUUACAAUCUAUUCUUUAAACCUGAGGACCAACCGGAAUUUGAAGAGAUAUUGUCAGAUUAAGUGGAGUCAACAAAUCCCUUCGACAUGAUUUUCCUCCUACCUCACCGUUCUUUCAUCAGAAAUAUUCUUUGCAUCUUUCCUUGUUAAGUCAGUUGCUGCUCUCCGUCACCCUUUUCAAUCCGAGUUACCAUAUUCUCAUUCUGUCCAUAACUGGUUUAGGAGCAAACUUGUACAAAAUAGUGACCUGUUUACAAGAACUUGUCCAGAAGCUAGGACUAGGAAGAUGCCUUGCAUUGUUUUCUCAUAUUCGGGAGCGGGUCAUACAUGUUAUCAGAAAAUUUUACCCUUUUCGAAGAUACUUUCAGCAAUUUUGUGGGGAAUUUUUUUUUGCUCGAUUUUAAGGGAAAUGAUGGAUAAUGCAGCUAAUAUCCUAGCCAUGGAAGGAGGGUUCUGGCCAAAUAAUGGAUAGCACAUAGCAGAGAGAAGGAUCACUAGGUUGUGAAAUAGUUGUAAUGGCUUUGUAAAGAGAAUGACAAGUCCUUAUUUUGUGGAGAAUGUUUAAAAGUGGAUUUUGGUUUCUUAUAGUUGCAUAGAGAAAUAUGAAAGCAAAAUUGUUCAAA